GAGGCCACGCGCCCACACUCCGCCCCCGCCCCCGGAUCCAGCCCGCCGAGCCCGCGGCCAGGGCGGCGCAGACCGGCCCGGCGACUCUCGCAGGCGGCGCGCUGGGACGCGCAGCCACCGCGGCCCACGACGAGUCCGUGCGCCCCGGGCGCUCGCCGAGACCAGGAGAGGAACCGAUGCCCUGGCCGGCAUGUGCAGCUGCUUCCACGGAGCUGGGAACCAGGCCCAGCAAAGUGCAGCCACGAACCUCGGCCGGCCUCAGCCUCUGGGACCAGCACCUUAGGAGAGUCCAGAGGGGUACGCUGAACCCUACCCUCCCCCCGACCCAGCAGUGGUGAGCAGCAGCAAGCUGACCCAAUGCCCGGUCCUCAGGGGGCCGAAGGAGCCCCUGCCAUGAGCCUGGGCAAGCUGUCGCCCAUGGGCUGGGUGUCCAGCUCGCAAAGCAAGCGGCGGCUGACUGCGGACAUGAUCAGCCCACCACUCGGGGACUUCCGCCACACCAUGCACGUGGGGCGCGGUGGGGACGUCUUCGGCGACACCUCCUUCCUCAGCAACCACGGCGGCACCGGGAACACCCACCGCUCACCACGGAGCUUUCUGGCCAAGAAGCUGCAACAGGUGCGGAGGGUUGGGGCGCCGCCCCGCCGGCGCACAGCCUCCCCGGCCACACCCUCGCCGGCCCCGCCCGCCAUCUCACCCAUCAUCAAGAACGCCAUCUCUCUGCCGCAGCUCAACCAGGCUGCCUACGAUAGCCUGGUGGUGAGCAGGUUUGCCUUCGAUGGCGACAGCCCCACCGACUCCCCGGACGGCCGCUCUGCUUACGGCACAGACUCCGGCUUCUGCACUAUCUCCCGUCUGCCCCGCUCUGACAAGCCUCACGACCGAGACCGAGACUGCGACCGCAACCAAGACCGCAACCGGGACCGCAACCGAGAUGGGUCCUUCCCUGGCGAGCCCGAGCUCCGCCGCUCCGAUUCUCUCUUGUCCUUCCGCCUUGACCUUGACCUUGGACCUUCCCUCCUCAGUGAGCUGCUUGGAGUCAUGAGCCUCUCAGAAGCCCCUGCAGCUGAGACCCCAACCCCAUCUGCAAACCCCCCAGCCCCUCCCCCAAGCUCCCCAGCCCCUCCCCCAAGCUCCCCAGCCCCUCCCCCAAGCUCCCCAGUGCCUGCCUCCAGCCCCUCACCCCAUGGACACUGCCCCAACGGGGUAACUGCUGGCUUGGGCCCAGUGGCUGAGGUGCGGGCUGGCCCGGUGGGGGAAGGUCCCCGAGAACCUGCCGAUGCCACCAUAGCCCUGGGCAGGCACUGGGGAGCCAGCUGGAGGGGCAGCCGCCACUACACAGAGAUGGAUGCUCGGCGGGAGCUGGUAGGGGUGCUGCCCCAGGCUCGGGCCUCCUGGGAGAGCCUGGAUGAAGAGUGGGGCCCUCCCCGGGCAGGCAACAGGACCCCCGUGCCCAGCACAGUGCAAGCAAACACCUUUGGGUUUGCUGACGCUGAAGAAGAAGAUGAUGAGGUGAAGGUGUGAGGGUGGGGGUCUCAGGACCACACCUGCCCCUUACCCCUACCCCAAGGUGGCUCCUGCAGGGAUGGAAGAUCCCACGCUGCCCCUACACGCUUUCACAUCUCUGCCAGCUGGGCAUGGGAGAGAGGCAAAGGACAUUGUGUGGGCCCAGGAUCUGGCUCUCCUGUCGGCCCUACAGGGCUCACCUGCUACCCCGUAAGGCCCCUGCUUAGACCUCUUAUGCCCAUGCAUCCAGCUAGAGGGCCCAACCUCACAAAGGGAACUGCCCCUCCACCUGUGGGGUGGGGUGGGAAGGGCAGCUCACACAGCCCUCCCUCCUCCCCCACAGGGACUGCCCCAGGAGGGUCCCCACUGCCCCCAGCUUCCUUGCCCACCUCCUCCCUGAAACCUGAGAGAAUGGUCAGGUACCACCUCUUGGAAGGGGGGCCGGCAGAAGGGGAAGCGACUCCCUCCAGUGUACCCCAGCCCCGCCUCCGAGGCCUGAUUAAAAAAGUUUUGAGGAAAG